CUUUGUUCCCAUCCCAGCUCAUAUGCGUACACGUGCUCACCGACCCGGCGACGACCCUCAUCACUCAAUUGGAUUCCAGCGCUUCCCCACCCACCUCCAAUAGCCAAGAACCCAUGGACGGCGACGUCGCGACCGGCGGCGGAGGCAGCGCCGGCGGGAGCGGCGGUGGGGGCACGAGCAUCCAGGUAACGGCGCUGGACGGCAUCGUGAACGUGAACUCACUCUUCACCCUCGCUGCCUUCCUGGGCCUGGCCUGGCGCCCUUCCUCCGACGGGCCCGGACUCGCCAACGGCGCCGACAACACGGGCAACCCUUGCGCGGCCGGAGACCGCGUCGAGUCCGACCUCGUCUCCUUCCACGUCCUCGCCUUCGCCUGCUUCCUCUUCUCCAGCCUCAUCGCGCUCUGCCUCAAGCAGAUCGUCCGCACCUACCCGCUCUACCGCCGCGGCGGCGGCCAGGGCUCGUCCGCCGCCGCGGGCGCUGCCGUCGUCGGCCGGACGGCUCGGAUCAACCGCGCCGCUCUCCGCGUCGGGAUCCUGACAUCGGCCGUGGGGUCCGUCGGCGGGUGCGGGUUCCUGAUGAUGGCCCUCGUGAACGUGGUGCAGGUGAAGCUCGGCCGGCUCGGGUGCGGCGCCGGCGGGUCCGCCGCCUGGGCCGCCGUCGUGCCGCUCGUCACGCUGGUCCCCGCCGCCAUGCUCAUCUACAUCGGCAUCGUCUUCUACGCCUUCACCCGCUAGCAGCCCAAUGCCUCAAUUGGAUCAAGAAACACCAAACCACCAGUAGCUGGAGUAAAAUCUGGGUAUUCAAUCGCGUUUUGUCCACGGCAUCAUUCGAUCUUGCGUGUGGUCUGCGAUGAGAGACUGAGAGAGAAACAAAUGCAGCUGACUCGUGUGUAAAUUUCAUGUCUGUGCUUGCGUUCUUGGUGUCAGUUGUGUGUUUGUUUUGAGCAAGUGAAUCUGUUGCAAUUUCGUC